UUCAGACCAGCGGCGCGUUUUUCAGAGCCGGAAGCUUCAUCUGCGCUCUCACCGUAAAGCUGCGGCUGUUUUCUUCGGUUUUGCGCCAGCAGCAACAUGAGGCAGCGACAGACCUGAUCCCGCAGGUCCAGCAUCCAGACCCCUCACAGACCUUCGGUACCGGACAGAAGUGGCGGUGCCGCCGAGAAUGCGGUGCUGAGAGCCGCUGGGGGAGGGGGUCCGGGUUUAACGGGAAACAUGAUGAUGGACGGUGGUGUCGGUGACGGAGGAGCCGUGGACCAUGGGAUCUAUGCAAGUCCAAACCCCCAGAACCCGCUUGGGGACGCGGAACCGGAUUCCCGCAAGCGGCCCCUGGAAACUCCGACUGAGGAGGCCGGCGGUAACAAACGGACCAACACCGGAGAGGAGGGCGAGUACUUCCUGAAGGUGCUGAUCCCCAGCUAUGCAGCCGGCUCUAUAAUUGGCAAGGGUGGCCAGACCAUCGUACAACUGCAGAAGGAGACGGGUGCCACCAUUAAGCUGUCCAAAUCCAAAGACUUCUACCCCGGAACAACAGAAAGAGUCUGUCUGAUACAAGGCACCGUCGAAGCUCUCAAUAGUGUUCACAACUUUAUUGCGGAGAAAGUCCGUGAGAUGCCCCAGAGUGCCCAGAAACCAGAACCAGUCAGCAUACUACAACCACAGACCACAGUAAAUCCUGAUCGCGUCAAACAGGCCAAAUUGAUUGUGCCCAAUAGUACAGCAGGGCUGAUCAUUGGCAAGGGUGGAGCCACAGUGAAAGCAGUAAUGGAGCAGUCAGGGGCUUGGGUGCAGCUCUCUCAGAAACCAGAAGGCAUCAAUCUGCAGGAGCGAGUGGUGACCAUCAGUGGGGAACCCGAGCAGAACCGUAAAGCUGUGGAAAUCAUUGUGCAGAAAAUCCAGGAGGAUCCUCAGAGUAGCAGCUGCCUCAAUAUCAGCUAUUCCAACGUCUCUGGUCCAGUAGCCAACUCCAACCCUACCGGCUCCCCCUACGCUAACACAGCUGAGGUGCUGCCCAACGCAGCUGCAGCGGCUGCCACUGCCUCGAGCCUUCUGGGCCAAGCCGGACUGACAGGAAUGGGUGCCUUCCCUGCUGCCAUGUCCAGUUUCUCUGGCAAUGACCUACUGGCCAUCACCUCAGCUCUGAAUACACUGGCCAGCUACGGCUACAACACCAACACCCUGGGCCUGGGCCUCAACCCUGCAGCUGCCUCUGGAGUCCUUGCUGCGGUUGCAGCUAGUGCAAACCCUGCUGCUGCAGCAGCAGCAAACCUAUUGGCCUCCUAUGCUAAUGAUGCCUCUGGCAGUGCUGGGCACCCUGCUACCGGCCUCAGUGGGUUCUCCCUGGGUUCACUAGCAGCUGCUACUGGGGCUUCCAAUGGUUACCUAAAUGCUUCAUCCCCAUUAAUGGCCUCAUCCCUGCUGGCAACAGAGAAGCUGGCAGACGGGGCCAAGGACGUGGUUGAAAUAGCUGUCCCCGAAAAUCUGGUGGGUGCCAUCUUGGGAAAAGGAGGGAAAACGCUGGUAGAGUACCAGGAGCUGACAGGAGCCCGCAUCCAGAUCUCCAAAAAGGGAGAGUUCAUUCCUGGUACUCGGAACCGUAAAGUUACCAUAACAGGGUCGCCAGCCGCCACACAAGCUGCACAGUAUCUGAUCAGCCAGCGGAUCACGUACGAGCAGGGAGUACGCGCUACCAACCCACAAAAGGUGGGCUAAAAUGAAAAUGAAGAAUAUAACAAGAGUGAAGACAGAAAAAGAAAGAAAUUGAGUCGUGAUGAGUAAAAAAAAAAAAUCCAAAUCUAUGUUCAAUAUUUCAGUAUACAAUGAAAGAAUCACAAAGGAGGAGGUGGGGGAGACAACAAAGAUAAGCGUGUGUGACAUGUGAGUGUGUUUUUAGGACUGACGUCCUGAUGUUUUUAAAAAGUUUGUGUCAAGUUUGUUUGACCAUGGCGAUCAGAGUAAGCUGAACUGGUCCACUGCCAAGCUGCAGAUUCAAGAGUGUGACCGCAGGGUCUCACCCUCCUCCAAAACCUCAUUUCUGUUUUUAUUUUGGGGGUUGGUUGUCUGAUUUUGGUGGUUUUAAACCUCAGCAUCCAGCGAGCUGAGCGUGUCAGACGAUCUAACCAGAGCAUCCUUUUGUUUUCAGUGCAGAAUGCAUUAACGGGGGAGGUUUCAUCACACAGCACCUGAGCUCUUUUCCGUCUACAGGGAAACAAAACAAGAGUAAAUUCUUAAGAGAAAGAGAAAGUUCAAGUUGGCGUAUGUAGAAUUCGAGCUCAUAUCAUAAUUGAAGUUUCUAAAUUGAGGUAUUUUAUAUUUUCAUUCUUAAUUUAUUGACACGGUCUCAUUCAAACACAAAUAGAUCAAUUAAACCUGUAAAAGCAGGUUGAUAUGAAUGUAAAAACAAUAUUAGCCUAUUGCUAUUUUAUUUACAGGGAUGUGUUGCAGUGAAAGAAAUGUAUAACCCAAAUCCAGUCUGAACUUUGCCAUCGCUGUCUGCAAGUAUAGUUCAGGGGUUGAAUAAUCAAUGUGAGAGGGGCGAGGAGACACACAGGAAUGUAUAAAUAUAUUAUUUACACAAACACUCGUAGAAAACGCUCCCAGAAACGCACAAAGACUAAAACAUUUGCAUAUUCAGCCACAGCUACAAACACAGCAGAACAUGUUUGACCCGUUCUUGGUGCUAUAGGGUUAGGUUCGUCAUGAAACUAAAAUCUUUACCUGGAUAGCGUAGCUGAUGUGUCGGCCAGCCAUCGGUAGCUCCCUGGAGCUGACCCAGCCUCUCGCCUGAUGACGGAGACUGAUUCAGAACUUUGUUAGAAUUCUAGAGCAUUCUUUUCUGAUCAAAUCUGAAUCUUGUGCAACAGAAAACACCUGAAGCAGUUUCUGCCUCAGCCAGACAUUCGCCACGUCCCAGAUUUAGCUAAAGGUUCUGCUGACCUGAACGCAGUGUUCAACUCCUUCAGCUUGCAAAGGGAACAGAGCACCAUGAAGGCAUUUUGAUGAGCUGUAUGAAUCAAAAUGUGUGAACAAAGAAACUAUUGCCUUUACAUUAAGGGCAGCAGACUGACAGGAGGGGAGGAGAAUGGCGCUCGCAUGGGAGGUUUGGAGUCACUUCCCUGUGAGCAUCAAGAAAAAACACUAAACAAAAAGAGGAUUUUGCUGUUCACACAGCAAAAUCCUCUUUUGGUUUGGUGUUUUUUCUUGAUGCAGACAGCGUUCCAGACACGUGUUGCAGCUCGAGUGGAGCACGUAAUAAAACAUCAAACAUUUUUAGUCUUUCCUUGCUGAUUGUUGAACAGUGGCUGGCUAAAUGUGAAAUGAUCUCGUGUCCCCUCUGUGCUGCUAUCCAUAGCAUCCAUUCUGAGUCCACUGAGUCUCUGAAGACUGCACUGUGAUGCAUUUCCAACACACAUAAUGUGUGUCCGUCCCUCUUUGGGACACAAGUAUGUCAUAAUGUGCACAUCUAUGUCACAAGACCUAUCAAUAACGACGGAGGGGAAAUCUGCACAAGAGCAUUUCUACGGCAGCGUCUUGUGAUGUUUUUGUUCAUGAACAUGCUGCACUUAAAUUAGUGAACAUUUUCUGAUUUUCAAACGAAUUCUUGCCUCCCCGCUCUGUGUCCUCUCUGUGUGCCCACCUCCCUUUGCUCAAAAGACAUUGACAGCUGUCCCCAUCAACCCAAGCUCUAUGAUCAGCGUGUUUAAUACAACGCUGUGAGGGUUGGUGCUGAGUUGUGUCGAACACAAUCAGACACUCCAGUCUUAUGAAAACUUACGAAACAGACCUUCUCACUUGCAUAAAUCCUGCGUAUGAAGUAAAUGGAUGUAAAUCAACUUCCUGUUGCUGAACAUGAGGCGUAGCAAUCACAGGAGUGAGCCUCCUCAGAAAUCUCUCCUCUCGCUGUGUGUAUGGAAGGCUUCACAUUCGUCCAAAUCCAAUCUGGCCACCAGUGAAAUCAUUGUGUAAGAUAACCCUUUACUGCCCAAGAUUUUAGCAUAUAAUAAAAUACAAGCACAAAACAAGGGGGUGUUUUAUCAAUGCAACUGGACUGUUUGACUCCGGAGAGCUCCCCUCCAGGGCUCUCUGAUCGAUACGUUGUGCCAAAAGCCGUUUUCCUCUGCCCCUCAUUAGCUUUCCUCUUUCUCUCGACAUCUUAGUCCCCUGCAUGCUCUCUCUGUUCUGUGGUUCUUCCUGUCUCCUAGAACCCCAUCUGUGCUCCUUCCUACACGGUUCUCUCCCCCUCUUUCUCCUUCCUCUCGUCUCGUAGUCUCACGGGCGAUGCCUUGGAUGUGCCACGGGUGGGAGUUAUGCACUACAGGUCACAGGGGUGUGAAAAUGUUUUCCCAGGCUGCAGCGUUCACAAGGCCAAAAUGCACAGAACACACCUGCCUCCAAAACUGUGACACCCACAGAGAUCAACCGGCAAUCUUUGCUCAAAGGGUUAAAUCUGAGCGAAGAACAAAUCACAUUUAGACAUCGUUCGUCUUUUACAUGAAGAGAUAAUCUGUUUCUCCCUCCCAAAGGAGGCCAAUCGUGGUUAAAUAAAUAUCAAAAUGGUGGCUUAGCUGGAGUUUCAGCCUCUAAAGGAAGAACAGUUCAGACGUUCGAUCGCUGGAGAGCAACGUAGGAAGGGGUUGGUGACCUUAAGCCGAAACAAUGACAUCCUUUAUGCAUAUCCUGUUAUCUGAAAACGACUAGAAAUCCUUUCUGUGGAAAACAAUAUGUCAUGUCAUUUGAUCUAUAUGUACUUUAUUGUAGCUAUUCUAGUUUGUAGUCCAAAUGCAGUCCCGCGUUGUCGAUAAAAUGUGAAACUAUGUUAUAUUUGUGUGGAUGAUGAGAGUGCCAACUAAGCCUGACUAAGAUUAGCUUCGCGAUUCGUUUGUGCAUUAUAAAGACUCAUCAUUGAGCGGUGGUGUCCAUAUUCCUGUCACUGAUGAUUUAGUUUGACCGUAAGAAAAUGUUAAGAAUAUUGGAAGCAAUAUAGUAGCAUGUUGUCCUGUUUUGUGUUUUAUGUCUGUUGUAUGAACCUUUGAAAUUACUAAGAUUUUGAAUGAAUAGGUUUACACGUACUUUUUUGUAAGUUAUGAAAAUGCUGCUAUUUGAUAAGUAAACUAUACAAAAUAUUUUAGUUGAAAAGAUGUCUGUUCUGUUGAUUAGAGACGUGCUCCGACAGACGAGAGCAUCACAGGAGGUGUAUAGAGGACUAUACCGUACUGGUAAGAUAGUAAAAGUAAUAAUAGACUCCAUAGUAUGACCUGUGCCAAACUAGACCUCCGCAGCUUCUGAAAUUGUAGAUGUGCGAUCAAAUGUUAGAUAUCAAUAACUUGUUUAGAAGUGCUGAUCAAGUGCCAAACAUUGUCUUUUAAGUUGAGAAAAGAUAAUCAAAUACAUUACUUAAGAAAACAAAAGACAAAGAGCUUUCUGUGCAUUGUUUUACCCCAUAGGUACAUAGAGUAAGAGUUAAAGAUUGUGAUUUUUAUGAACCAUGUCGUUUUACACUCCAUGCAUCCCUUGUGUGUUUGUUUGACCUGUGGCUUAAGUACUGCUGUUUUCUCACUAAUGUCUCUAUAGGCCAGCAUGGACUAAGCAUAACAUGUUAUAAGCAUCCAUAACAUAGCCAUUAACAAUCAAAAUGUGUUCGUGGAGUUAGGUGUUAUCUUUUUGCACGUCUUCUAUUGCAUGGUAUCAAAGUAAAAUUAUGGAGGAAAAAAAAGAUAAAAAUCUGCGAGGAGUCUCGCAACAUUCAAAGACAUAAACGCUGCAUGCAGUCAGAUGUAAAGCUCUUCAGUUCGAUCACCUCAUGUUCAAAAAAAGGUGUUUAUGUUGUGAGUUGGGAGGGAGCUCAUUUUUUCAUGUUGGCCGGAAAAAAGACACACACACACACACACACACACACACGCGCGCGCGCGCACACACACAUCUGAGGAUUCUCUUCAGUCUAGGUCAUCUCUCUCUCUCUCAUCACCAGAGAAGAUAUUUAGUUUUUUAGGUCCCGUGAGGAGUUUUAAAAAUGUGAAACAAGCAAACGUGAAAAUGUUACUCAGUGCAUUGGCUCUUUGCGUUUUAGGAGAUCAUCUCUUUUACCGUUUCAGCGUCACACAACUUGUCUCAUAAAAGUUUCUGAUAUCGUUCAUCUUGCAGCUUGAAAGCCCAGAUCUAAUCUAUGAAUGUACUCAUUUACUCUUUUUUUUUUUUUUUAUUCUCUUGAAUGUUUAUUUGUCUUUAAUGUAAAUUCAGGGCAGAUAUACGUGUAAAGUUAAAAUCUAUGUGGAACAUCCUUCAGCUAUAGUCAGGUAGGCCUCACACGGCCACAGUCAUGAAUCAGACACGUGAACACAACUUCCGAUCCGCUGUCAACAUUUUCUUGUUUGUUUGGUGUUGCAUAAAUGCACUUUAACGAUGGGUGGGUCGUGCGGGGGUGAAAUGAAGCAAAUCGCGUUGGCUUUCCACAGCUCGUUUCUUUUGCUUUACUGUCAUUUUUGUUUCUCUAAUCUGUUGUUUCCCGAAGCUGUUGGGUCUGGAGGACGAUGGACAGGGCUGGAGUCUCAGACAGAAUAAAAGUAGCAGCUGUUUCUUCACUCUAAAGCUUCUCCGCCACAUUCCCUGCUGCUGUCAGUUGGCUGGAACAUUUCAAUGUUACAUUUCAAACAAAGCAAGGUGACUGGUUUGUCAGCAAACACGAUUAGAACCACUGGACUGAAGUGGAGGGUGAGGAGUCAGGUCCGUGAGGCAUAUUUGUCACCAGCAACAGGAAGAAAGUCUCUGGUCUGCAUGGAAAGGAUGAGAGAUGAAGGCCUUCUGACUUCAUGGUACGUCUGCCUCGUUGUUUUGUGUCACAAAGCCCUUUUUGUUUAUUUUCUGCUCCACAUUCGAACUCCAGACAAAUUACAGGAUCGUUCCUAUACUCCCCUUGUUUGUUUUGAUUUGGUUUCUACUCAAUCCCGGACUGUCACGCGCCCCAUGGAGCCUUUCACGAGGAGACAAGGACUGGUUUGAAACGCUAUGAACUGGCUGCUCACUCCUCUCUUUAAACCGAUUCUACCUGAGUCUCACCCGCGAUACCACAACUUGAGUUGCAUUACGCCGAGAACCUGCUACUGUGUCCACCCUUUAAACGGGUUCAGGUUUUUUUCUGGGGAAAAAUGGGACACUUUGCCAACCACACAUGAGGUCAUUUAUGUCUCUGACCCUCUGAACCUCCCAUGAACUUUGUUGACCUUCAUUGCCAAGAACUCAUUUUUACUCAUACACGUGUUGGAGAUGUUACCGUCGAACUCUGCAAGAACCGUUCUUCUGUUUCGUGGUCAUCCCGACUCUCCUGCAAGGUGAAAUGCUCGUUUGUGUAUAAAAUGAAGAAAGCAUAUCUGAGCCUUGCAGACAUUUUUAUCUUCCUUUGGGGUUUGCUUUUACGUUAUUUAACUUCUGUUUGUUCCAUCUUAGAAAAAAAUGGACUGACAGCAUACCAUCAGAUAGUUCCAGUUUAAGCAAAGUGAUGUUUUUGAUGAUUGGGUACAUUUCUCUCUGCUGUUAAUGAAAAUGUUUCUGUCUUUCUUUUGUCACAAGUGGGGAGAAUCUGUGAAAGUCCGGAGUAUAAACUACCUAAAAGGGCUUUCUUAGAGAGCAUUUAAAUGUCUUUUAAAUCAAGAGUCCUUUGAACAUGUUUAAAUACAAAAAAAAAAAAAAAACGCCUACUUGUGCCAUUCUUGAAGAAGUGAGAAAGCUUUUCAUGGCAUAUAUUUGUCAGCAAGAGUGCCAAAUAAUUCCACACUGAGCCAAAAGGCAGCCAGCCGACAUCACUGUAAGAUCGGUCCCGUUCCAUUUCCACUCCCCUUAAAACAUCACCUAUACGUGCAACGUCUCCGCUCAUGCCCCAUCAUUGUUAUGCUGCCAGUCUGUUUUCUGCUUUUGUCAGAAACAUCUCAGAAGCAGUAUAUUUUCUAAUUAAUGAACUGUUGAUUAAAUGACAACAGGCACUACGGUGAGGGAAUGAGAGGAUUUUAAACGUCAUUGUUUUUAUUAGUUGAUUUGAACAUUAUUCAUUAAUAGAUUUAUUGAUAAUGACUAUUUAAUGUAACUGUAGUACUGUGUUUGUAAAAGAAAUUCAGUGAGUUGUGUUAUAUGACUCGUGGACUACCAGUGAAGUCAGCAUUUCAGUGUUAACAAUUGAAUUGUUUUUUAAAGAUUAUUUUUGCGACGGCAACAAAGAGUCAUUAUAAAUGUUCAUUUUAACAUCA